GCACGACCUGCCCACUGGGGUCUACGGAUCAGCAGACCUGUGUCGCUGAUGCCAGGAAGUGACUGUCCCGUUUCUUUCUGGUUUGACUGUAUCAGCGCCUCCGCCCUGUGAGUAAUAUCGAAUCAUCGUAGCUGCCAGAUGAUCACAGAAAAAGACGAAUGCGUUUUUUUCUGUGGUAUCAGAAGCAAGAUUUCGAAAUGAACUGGGAAUACAUCGGAAUAGCCUUUUCAUUUGUGUUGCUGUCGUGUAUCACCGUUGGCCUUACGAAAUCAUACGGGUCCUACAUCCCUUACGGAACGCUCAUCGGACUUGGCUUGUGUCUGGCAUCGAUGAUCGUCGCGAUUGCGUUGUUUGCAGUUGGCUUCAAGCAAUGAAAGGCUGGCCUCCUCUCAUACGAGCCCGUUGCUGAGCCCGUUGCUGAGCCCGAAGAGCAUCAUUUAUCCGAGCCCGUUGUCGAGCCCUAUGCUCAGCCCGGUUACCCGACUCUGGAUCAACCUGGAAAAUUGUCCCCGGAU